UUAGUUAACAUUCUGAAAGAAAAUAUUUUACAAUUUGAUGGCAUAAAAUUCCAUUGAUCUUAUCUAAGUGCACACAAACCCUUUUGUUUCCACCAAAGGCCAAACAUUUUUAUGAUUUCGAGAAGGGGGGUACUGGAGUUUUUCUUCAAGCGUGUCAUUGUCAUCUUUGAUGUUUAUUUUCUUAAUCAGUGUGUUUUGAGACACAAAACGUUUCGCUUAUGUAAUCAAAUAGGCAGAAUUUGAGAAUUUUAGGUGACAGAUCUCUGCUUUGAUUUCCGUAAAUGCAUAUCUGUGGAUAUGUUCCACCUUGGCUCUGUCAGAUUUUCGCUUGCAUGGGAGGUUGUCUGGGAUGCUUCCCAAACCCUCCUUUAAUUAAAGGCCAAGCAAUGAACAGAGACAUAUCAGAAGACUUUUGGAGCAGCAGUGCUUUUGAAAUAGAUCAGACUGCAUUUCAGUCCCAGAAAAGCUUUUCAUCAAUUGGCAUACCUUCUGAUCCUCAAAGUAGUGCUGGCAUUCAAAUUGAUUCUCCUGAAUAUGUCAAUCAUGGUCUUCUUCUCUGGAACCAGAUGAGGAAACAGUGGGUUGGAAAUAGAAGGCCUGGGAAUAAGAAACAAGUUGGAGAACCAAGAAUAAGUUGGAAUGCCACCUACGAGAGUCUAAUGGGGACCACCAAGCCGUUUCCCCAGCCCAUUCCUCUCGGAGAAAUGGUUGAAUUUCUUGUUGAUAUUUGGGAGCUAGAAGGCCUAUAUGACUGAGCAGACAAAUCAGGUUGUUUAUUUUUGUUUUCCUUAGAUUUUGCAGGAGAGGGGAGGUAUAGUUCAUCCUACUACAUCCCCACUGCAUAGUUGUACAUGGGGAUGGGGUAACUUUUAAACUAAAUGGGGUAAUUCUUAACUAAUUGGUUUUAUUUAAUCUCCUGGGGGCAUCAUUUCUACGUGAAAUAUAUUACACCAAUUGUGUAACUCUUCCUGGUUAAGGUGAUUCAUAGACAUAUCCACUUCAUAUGUUUUUAGACCUUGUAAAUAUAAAUAAAUUUAGUUUUAGUCUUCAA